ACUGGGGCCAUGGCGGCGCAGGACCGGGCUUGGCGCAACGGCACACGAUGCGGUCCUCGAGCCUCCCGGGCGCUCGGUCACCGCGCCGAAACGGGAGCGGGCAGAGUCGCCACCGCCUACCACCGGGCCGCCUCAGAACAGGAAGCCGUGCGCCGACCGCGGAAGCCCGCCCCCAUGUAGCGAGAAGUCCGCCGACCCCAGGGACGGGAGCGAGGGGCGGGGGGAGGCGGGGAGGGGGGAAGCAGGGCGGCCCCGCAGAGGGGAAGCUGCGCCUCCGCAAACGCUCAGAAGCAGCUUCGCCAGACAGCCGCAACGUACAUGUUGACUGCCCGAGGCGGAAGUCGAUCGGCAGAGCGGAAAGGGGACCUGCAGAGGACCUUCCGACAGGUUGGUCAGACCAUGCCCAUGGUUCCUCCUCUCAACUUCACUAUGAAUGCCACAUCUGUUGAAUGAAUGCAGUUUCUGCUUUUGCUUUCCAUUUUGGAUAGAAGUGAUUGCAAAUUUUAUCAAAAUAAUGAAAAAAAUUACUUUUCAAUUCCUUUUCAACCCUUUUGAGUCUGAGGGGCAGCUGUACAUUAAAUGAAACCAUAUGUAUCAUAAUUUCAUUUUUCCAUGAAAAGAGCUUUAAAGGAAAUUCCCCUUUUUCUCCAUGUUUUGCAAUCUUUUUUGUUCCUUUUGUUAAAAUCAGAUUAAUCUCAUGAAACAUCUGAAGCAUUUAAGUCAAUUUAAGAGCUGAGAAAAUAUCAUGCUGCUAGUUCUAAAACGAUCUGAAGUGUGAAUCAGGUGAUCACCAAAUAGAGGAACAACUUAAAAAUGUGAAUGAAAGAAGUAUGUACCUAUACUAUAGUGUCAAAUAUUGUACUGUAAGCUUUAAAAUGAUAAAUUGGAAACUUU